GCUAUGGCGGAGUUGGACGUAGGGCAGCACUGCCAGGUGGAGCAUUGCCGGCAGCGAGAUUUUCUCCCAUUUGUUUGUGAUGGUUGUUCAGGAGUAUUUUGCCUUGAGCACAGAAGCAGGGAAUCACAUAGCUGUCCUGAGGUGACCGUAGUCAAGGAGAGACUGACGUCAGAUGAGCCUACCUCUUACCCGUGUUCAUUCAAGGACUGUGCUGAAAGAGAGCUAGUGCCAGUUAAAUGUCCUUAUUGUGAGAAGAAUUUUUGCCUGAGGCACCGUCAUCAGUCGGAUCAUGAAUGUGAAAAACUGGAAACUCCUAAGCCUCGUAUGGCUGCCACUCAGAAGCUUGUUAAAGACAUCCUCGACUCUAAGACCGGAGAGACGGCAAGUAAACGACGGAAAGGUGCAAAAAAUAGUGAAACGGCGGCAAAGGUAGCACUGAUGAAGUUAAAGAUGCGUGCUGAUGGAGAUAGGUCCUUACCACAGAAAGAAAGAGUUUACUUUCAGGUUUUCUUACCUAAGGGGAGCAAAGAGAAGAGUAAACCGAUGUUCUUUUGCCACCGAUGGAGCAUUGGAAAAGUCAUUGACUUUGCAGCUUCUUUAAGCAGUCUUAAAAAUGACAAUAACAAAUUAACAGCCAAGAAAUUGAGGUUAUGUCACAUCACUUCAGGUGAAGCCUUACCCUUGGAUCAUACUUUGGAAACCUGGAUUGCUAAGGAGGAUUGCCCUUUGUAUAAUGGUGGAAAUAUUAUCUUGGAAUAUCUUAAUGAUGAAGAACAGUUUUUAAAAAAUGUUGAGUCUUACUUGGAAUAGUCAUGUAAGGACUCAAGACAGAAAUGAUGAGGAAAAUUCUAUGUUAAGUCCAUUUCCUUUACUACACAUACGACACAUACUUGUUUUUAAAAGUUGCCUUUUAUUUCCGUUAUGUCAUUUCCAUUAUCAAUUUUCUGUUAUAUUGAAUUUGAAUUUUUGUGUUUUAAACUAUGAACUGACAUUCAAUUGUGAGCAAAUUUUUGUACUUAACUAGUUUUUAUUAUGUUAUGGUUAGUAACAGCAAAUGUAAAUUGAUGUACGUACAUCAAUUUAUAAAUGCUGACAUUUAAAUAAGUGAAAUACACUUAUUUAAAUGCUUAUAUAACUGCUGACAUUUAAAUAAGUGAAAUACACUUAUUUAGAUGUCAGCAGUUGAUUGGCUGUGACUCUGCUGCAUGUCAUCGUUACUCCAGGAUCUAAGCUGAAGGAAUGACUCCGUCUUAGACGUUGCUACUUUGAUGGUGGAGGAAGAAAGAGCUGGUUCUUAGAAGGUGCGUGACCGUGGCUGAGGCUAGCGCCACGAGGCCAGGAAGUACACCCUGAACUGUAGGUCAGCGUUUAUAAAUUGACGUGUGUACGUGAAUCAUAGACACUUAGUGAAUGAGAUGGUCUCCAAGUUUUUGGAUGAGGAAUCUCAGGCUUGGGAAGAGGAGAUGGUUUUCUUGGUGUCUCCUGACUGUUUGGGGGCAUAUCUCUCUGUUAAAGAUCCUCUUCCAGUAGGAUUCACCUUUUUAAUUUGUGUGGAUGUAUUACAAAUGAGGAAAGAUGAGGUAGCACAACUUCAUUACAGUGUCUUUAUAUCCAUGCAAAAUACAUGCCAAAAAUAACUGUAUUUUACGAACACAUUAAAAUGAAUGCAUCUGACUGAUAUAUUCCAUCAGUACUCAACAAAGUACUACAAUAUGGAAGGAAUAGAAAUGAUUUCUGUUUUUUGUCCCUUUUUCUAUUUUAAUUGUUAUGGACACAUAUAAUGGUUUUAGGUAUAAUUAAAUAAAGGAAUAAGCUCAGAA